GGUGUCAUUAUCAUAUUUUGUAUAUUCAGAUACAUUUCCACAUACUUUCUUGCACCCAGAUUGUUUCAAAAUUAAAAGUAAAAUUGUAAUAUAGUAAGAUGGGGUCAAUGGGAUCCUCCCGUAAGAAGCGGAUUGUGCCGCUUUCAAAUGAUUUAUUGAGGGACAUUAUGGCCCACGGGAAUGAGUAUCAAACACCAGCCGGAAACUAUGAAGAGGUAGAGCAAGUGGGUGAUACCAGAGCAGCUGGUCGAUCUGGGGCAACCAGUUUCCCCCAAUCCCUGCCACAGGAUGCGAGCCGACGCACUGGUGGAUUUGCCGAUGGACCCAUUGCGGGUAACCCUCCCGUUGUGUUGGCCUUCCUUCCCAGAUCGAAAUCAAAGAAAUCUAAGGGGAAACCGAUUGUUAACAACGAAAAGGAGGUUAAGGAAUCAUUGGUUGAGCUUUGGGUCAGGGAUCCCGCCAAAAGAGUGGCCCAAAAGGUUAUCCGAUCCUUAGCCCCGGAUAAAGUCAGCUUGGAAAAGGUGACACCCAGUGUGGUUUUGUCCAGAAUUGAGGCACGCUUGGACUCCUUGGAAAAUGAAGUGCACGAAUUGCAGAAGAUGUUGCCUAUCCCCGUCAGUCCCGAUCAGCAUAAGACGGCUAUGAGGGGCGGAGCACAUGGCUUAAAUCGCUCGCAAUCCACUCUAUUGCUGGGCCCAAGGUCGACCUGUGACCUGAGACGCAUCAAUUCCUCCAGCGGAUUGUAUCUGCGAAGUAAGCAGUCGCUGGAAGAGCGCAAUAGCAACAGGCAUCUGUACUGCGACAUGCAGAUGCAUCUGGUCAAUAUGAUAGUCGUGCCCAAAUCAAGAACCUCGCUUUUUCUCAACCAGCAAAAGGAAUUGAACUCCCAACUGGGUGGACACCUGGGCAAUUGGCGGCAUCAGUAUUCGGAUGAGGAUUGGAUGCGGGAUAUGGAGGCGGCCGACUUCCUCAAUGGCAACUCCAAGAAUGUGCGUCGUCAGUGAAAGUAAAAGAUUUCUUGGCUUGCCUCCCAAACAAA